AUGAUGCACCCAUCGAGGCAGGCGUACGUGGAGGAAGCGGAGGACACUGACAUGGGCAUCAGUCUCGCGGAUCUCCCCACCGACCGCGAUUAUGACCUCCCCGCCGCCGGCGCUGGCGUCGCACCCGAGCGAGCGUCAGCUCUACUCUCCCAAUUCGAACGCAAACGCCGCGCAGCCGCCAUCAUAGUGCCUACAGACGAUAAUCGAGUACGCCUACGCCUACGCGAACUUGGAGAACCAAUCACCCUCUUCGGCGAAGGGCCGGCUGAUCGUCGAGACCGAUUACGAGAGAUACUCACAACGCUACAAGAACAACAACUGGCCGGCAGCGAAGAUGUUGAGAUGCGCGAGGGGACUCUUACGGAGACCGAUGUUGCGGAGGAAGAAGAAGGGGAACAGCAGGAAGAAUUUUAUACGGAGGGUUCGCAAGAAUUAUUAGAUGCAAGGAAGAAGAUUGCUUUAUAUUCUUUGCCCAGGGCAAAGGCGCGUGUGGCGUGGCAGUUGGAGCAGUCUAAGAUACCCCUUCGAACGCAGGUUAAGUUUCGCAAAUCUGUGAAGGAGAAGUUGCAAGGGUUUGAUCUAUAUGGGUCUCAGAUCGCGGCCGAUAGACCCGUUAGUAUUACGCGAUUUGCGCCGGAUGGUGAGACGAUUGCGACGGGGAAUUGGGCGGGAGGAAUUAAAUUACUCAGCGUUCCCAACUUGGAGGAGAAAUUCAGUGUCAAGGGACAUAGUGAUCGAGUCACUGGACUAUCGUGGUUUCCGGGUGCGACAUUAUCGACGUCAAAUGUAUCAGAGUCUUCGCUGAAUUUGGCGUCCGGAGGAGGAGAGGGAAAUAUUAAUUUGUGGUCGUUGGAUAAGAAGGAGCCACUGGCGACGUUGUCAGGACAUACGGAACGUAUUUGUCGAGUGGAGUUUCAUCCGUCGGGGAAGUAUUUGGCUUCUGCGUCGUAUGAUACGACGUGGAGGUUAUGGGAUGUUGAGACGACGACGGAGCUAUUGUUGCAGGAGGGUCAUUCUAAGGAAGUCUAUGCUGUUUCUUUCAAUUCGGAUGGGUCACUGCUGGCCAGUGGAGGCUUGGACAGUUACGGAAGAAUAUGGGACUUGCGAACUGGCCGAACGGUCAUGGUGUUGCAAGGCCAUAUUCGAGAAAUCUAUGGCGUAGACUGGGGUGUUGAUGGCUAUCGUGUUCUCACAGGUUCAGGAGACGGAUGGGUGAAAUGCUGGGACUUACGCAAAGUCGACUGCACCGCUAGCAUCGGAGCACACAAGAGUGUCGUCUCGGAUGUUCGGUGGUAUAAAGGCGGCGAUUCAGCGCAGUCGUAUCUACCAACUACGACGGCGCAAAACGGAGGUGGGGAUGCCAUGGAAACGGAUGCGGCACAGCCGCGAAUGGGGGGCACAUUUUUUGUCAGCUCUGGAUUUGAUCGAAAUGUCAACGUGUUUAGCGCCGAUGACUGGUCGUUGGUGAAGUCGUUGAGCGGUCAUUCGGAUAAAGUGCUGAGUGUGGAUAUCAGUCCUGAUGCGAAAUGGAUUGCGAGCUCGAGUCAUGAUCGUACAGUCAAACUUUGGGGUAUUGAAUAG